AUGACUUGUUGUAAUAAGUUGAGGGAAGUGGACGAGAGUGAGGAGACGGAUGACCUGAGCUGUGGGAUCGGCAAUUGGCGCCCGGAAUGGCUCCAGAAGUACGGGUCGGCCAAAGUGUUUCUCAUAAACUUUUCAUUGGUGGCCAUAUUUCAAGGCGCGAGCUUUACGUAUCUGAUUGGGUCGAUGACCACUCUGGAGAAGAGGUACGGCUUUGAGAGCAAAAUUUCCGGUCUUAUACUCAUUGCCGAUAAUUUGAGUCAAAUGAUCAUUAAUCCAUUUAUUGGUUAUUUGGCCACAAAAUACAACCGACCAAUGCUUAUGGCCAUCGGCGAGAUUGUGGUCGCGUUGGCCUGUUUUAUGUCCGCAGCGCCAUAUUUCAUAGUCGAAGCCAAUUAUGACAUUUUAAAUAAUCGCAGCAAUAAUACAACAGAAUUAUGCGAUACGAGCCGUAAUGUGUCGGCAAUAUGUGAGGCAAAUCAUAAACCGGUCACCAAAUGGUUAGCUGUUAUCAUCCUAUUUGCGGCCAGUUUUGUGAACGGAAUCGGAUAUACGGAGCUCACCUUUAUAUCUGAGUUUUACGGCAGCCUUAAGACUAUUGGGUCCAGCGAUUGGUUUCUUACUCUCGUAGUAGAUAAGAAGAGGGAAGUGGACGAGAGUGAGGAGACGGAUGACCUGAGCUGUGGGAUCGGCAGUUGGCGCCCGGAAUGGCUCCAGAAGUACGGGUCGGCCAAAGUGUUUCUCAUAAACUUUUCAUUGGUGGCCAUAUUUCAAGGCGCGAGCUUUACGUAUCUGAUUGGGUCGAUGACCACUUUGGAGAAGAGGUACGGCUUUGAGAGCAAAAUUUCCGGUCUUAUACUCAUUGCCGAUAAUUUGAGUCAAAUGAUCAUUAAUCCGUUUAUCGGUUAUUUGGCCACAAAAUACAACCGACCAAUGCUUAUGGCAAUCGGCGAGAUUGUGGUCGCGUUGGCCUGUUUUAUGUCCGCAGAAUUAUGCGAUACGAGCCGUAAUGUGUCGGCAAUAUGUGAGGCAAAUCAGAAACCGGUCACCAAAUGGUUAGCUGUUAUCAUCCUAUUUGCAGCCAGUUUUGUGAACGGAAUCGGAUAUACGGCUUUCUAUACGAUUGGUUUGCCAUAUAUUGAUGAUAAUGCAAGUAAGAAGAGCUCACCUUUAUAUCUGAGUUUUACGGCAGCCUUAAGACUAUUGGGUCCAGCGAUUGGUUUCUUACUCUCUCAAGUCAGACAUGUCUCAUACAGACCCUCAAUGGAUAGGCUGCUGGUGGAUGGGCUUCAUAAUAAUCGGUGUACUUUUAAUAAUAUUUUCGAUACCACUUAUGAUAUUCCCGUCACGAAUGCCAACGAACUCGACUUCAGUGUCCAAAUCGACCGAAAAGGACACAAUCCUAAAUACAUUGAGGCGCAGUUCAGAAAGUCGGCAUCUGAUGCCAAUUUCUGGACAGGAAUUAUCAGUAUUCCCACAAUGGCUGUCGGCAUAUUCAUUGGUGGAUUUACUUUGUCAAAAGUUCGGCCAUCGGUGCGCAAAAUAGCCUUAUUUCACUUAUGUAUAUCAAAUUUGACGGCUCAGUGUAAUGACAAGUGCGGCUGUACUACGAGAGCAUUUCAACCUGUCUGCGCCGACGAUCAUAAGUCCAACUAUUUUAGCCCCUGUUAUGCCGGAUGUUCUCAAUAUGAUCCACAAAAAUCGACAUUUGGGGAGUGUUUGUGUGUUGGGGGCAACAGUCCUAUUGUAACGACUGGCUAUUGCGAUAAUAAUUGCAAUAAAUUUCCCAUUUAUAUAGCAUUGUUAGGAAUUGCGGGCGUUAUUCAGUCCACGUCUAAGAUUGGCGACACUUUAAUCACUUUAAGAUGCGUUGAAACAAGAGAUAAAAAUUUUGCGAUGGGUAUUAUCGGUAGCUUUUUGGCAGUUUUUGCGUUAAUCCCAUAUCCAUUGGUGUUCGGGACGAUCACAGACAUGGCGUGUAUUGUGUGGAACACGUCUUGUGGUAAGACAGGGAACUGUUGGCUCUAUGACAUCGACAAAUAUUAUCUGCAUUUGUCGGCAUUUGGCCUCAUAUUUAUCGGAACGCUAUUUAUUUUUCCAAUCAUUUUCUACGCCAACCGUAUGUCAGACCUGUUUGAAGACGACGACAGCAAUGAUAUUAAUGUUUACGAAUUGGGAUCUGUUAACAAUGGCUACAAUAGCAAUGGAUCAGUUGAUAGCGCCAACAAUAAUGGCAUAACUGUUGUGAAGAUAAUCACAACUUUGAGAGAAAAUGAACGAAAGAGUAGUUUAACUGAUUAUGAAUUG